CAUUUUCUCUAAAGCAUAAUCCACCAACCUUAUUAUUAUUAUUCUCUAUUUCUCUUACACUUUGUACAUUCUUUUUCUUCCUUGUCCUUCUUAGUUUCUAGUUGUAUAACAAUGCCUGCUCAAGUGAUGCCUGAAAAAACAUUUUCAAGAGUUCAUUCAAUUGGGAAGGAAAUUAAUUCUCCAAGCUUUACUAGAAGGUUAGAAGGAAAGGUCGCGAUUGUAACAGGUGGAGCUAGAGGGAUUGGAGAGGCAACCGUGCGACUCUUCGCAAGACACGGAGCCAAAGUUGUAAUAGCAGACGUUGAAGACAUUCUUGGCAACACAUUAGCAAAUAUGCUGUCUCCCUCAUCAGUCACUUACGUUCAUUGUGAUGUUACAUCGGAAGAAGAUAUCAAAAACUUAAUUGACUCAACAAUUUCCAAAUACGGACACCUCGACAUCUUGUUCAACAAUGCUGGAGUCCUAGGGAGUCAAUCAAGCCAGAAAAAAAGCAUAAUUAAUUUCGACCCUGAUGAAUUCGAUCGUGUCAUGUCUGUUAAUGUACGAGGAGCCGCUUUGGGAAUGAAACACGCGGCUCGGGUAAUGAUCCCACAAGGUCAUGGGUGCAUCAUUUCAACGUCUAGUGUGGCCGGGGUCAUGGGCGGCCUCGGGCCACACGCAUACACGGCUUCCAAGCACGCAAUUGUAGGGCUAACAAAGAAUGUAGCGUGCGAGUUGGGGCGUUAUGGGAUUCGGGUUAAUUGUAUAUCGCCAUUUGGUGUGGCUACAUCAAUGUUGGUUAAUGCAUGGAACCAUUGUGAUGGGGAUGAAGAAGGGGAAAUGAAUUUUGGAUUGCCUAGUGAAAAAGAAGUGGAGAAAAUUGAAGAGUUUGUAAGAGGUUUGGGAGAUUUAAAAGGGGCAACUUUAAGGGCUAAAGAUAUUGCUGAGGCUGCUCUAUAUUUAGCAAGUGAUGAAUCAAGAUAUGUAAGUGGUCAUAAUCUUGUUGUGGAUGGUGGAGUUACUACCUCAAGAAAUUGUGUUGGUUUGUAAUGUAAUUUUUUUUUUUUUUUUUUUUUGGGUGUUUGGUAAAAUUUGAUUCCUAACUUAACAAGAGCUUAGCACAUUCAUCAGGUUGAUGUAGUUUCUUCCUUUUUCCUCCUCCAACUUGCUUGAAGAAAUUGUAGGACGUGAAUUUUUUUCUGCAUGUAUAAUUACUGUUGGGAAGAUAAUAUAAUUACUUGGUGAAUACAAUGAAUUUCUGCUUUUAAAAUGAAAACUAAACAGGAGCAUAAAGAGCG